GCUUCUCGUAACGCGUUUCUUAUUUCUCUCCAAUGUAUUGGGAAAUAAACAGCAUAACGUAAUUAUAUUAAUUUAAUUGUGAUUGUUUACGUUAUGUGAAAACUGAAUAAUGGUUGUGCAAUGUGAAAUAAGUGGCGUGACGGACCUAAAUGAACGGCUUUAGUAGGAGCAUUCCUCGCUCUGCGAAGUGACGCCAUUUUACGGGAAUGAUCAGCUCGCGGCUGCCUCAUAAUAAGCCUGAUGUAAGGAGCGCUUCGCUAAAACGGAUGCAUGGAAACGAAUCUUUACUGUUAUACUCGUACUGGACGUACGAUUUCAGAGAAAACUAUGGAAGAUGGUAAUAAUGCCAAUACGAAAGAUGAUAAACACGCGUUAGCGUCUUUGGCGAAUUGUUACGACGAGAAGAGCUUUAAAUUGACUGCAAAUGGGCACGAUCUGGAAGACGGGCCUCCUAGCCCGGCCGUCGAGGCGCGCGCUGAGUCCGCAGCGCCGCGUCGCGCUAGCGCCGAGGCGCUGCACUCGGACAGAAGCAAGAAACGUAUCAACCCUUUGCGAAUACACCUUGGCAAGCGGCCUUUUGUGGAUAACUCCCAACAGUAUUGUGGCACAGUGAAAAAAAGAGACUCUCUGUAAAUAAGCCCAUUGAACAGAGUGUAUUACCCAGGAAUAAUUUACCCCGAGUUCCUAAAUUAAUACCAAAACGCUUACACAAUGUCAUGCCUACAGUUGAUAACAGUGCAAAUGAUAGUGAACACAACAAGCCUGUGCCUCGGCUUGUGCCAAAAAGCCAGCUGGCACAGUUCAAGAAAGGUAAACCGGAAAAAGGAUCCCAGUUGAAAGAAUAUGCCCAAAGCUUAGGAUUACAACCAAUGGUGAAAUUCAAGUGUCGGAAAUGUUGUUCAAUGUCAUUCAAGACCCUUGCUAUGUUAAAAGAACAUCAAUUAGUAUGUCGGGCUCAGGCUAAAGAACCUGCACUGAGUCCUGAGGCUGCGCCAAAUACGGAAGCGAACACUGGUGGCCCAUCCAGGGUUACAAGGAAGGUCUAUCUUUGUUCAGCUUGUGGUACAUAUUAUGAAAACUGGAAUUUAUUUCUCCACAUGAGAGAAGUCCAUAACAGACACAUCUGCCUAUUUUGUCUUGGAAUGUUUUCAAAAGCUGAGAAACUGUCUGCGCAUUUGACCAAUAAGCACAAUGUACAGGAAUUUAAUUAUGAAUCAAAGGAGGACUUCUUUAAUGUUUACAAUGGGACUCUGUAUUUGAUGUGCUGCAUGUGUGAUGAGAUUUGUAGUGAAAAGGAUGACUUUUUCAACCAUGACUGCAACAAUGUGAAACCGAAACCAGUGCCGGUACUUGUUAGUAAAAAUGCUAUGAAAACUAACAAUGUUCUAAAGUCCAAAACAAAUAAUUCAUCAGUUAAUGGACCUCCCACAGUAGCAAAAGAAGUGACCAAACAUGUUAGUGAUAAUAAAUUUGACAAGAAAGAAAUUGUUGAAGAGAAAUUAGAGACGGUUACAUCACAAAGUAGUAAAAUUUUACAAAAUACUAAUGAUGAGACAGUACACAGUGACACUAGUAUCAGCUCUGAUAAUUCCACAUCAUCUGGAAAGGACACAAGUAAAGAUACAAAAGAUUCUGGCAUGGAAUUAGAUAGUUCUAUCACUAAACCCACUAGCCCUCUCCAACCAAGAGAGCCAAGCCCAGAAAUACAUAAUGAUCAUCACAAUGGAGACGAUAACACUGAAAGUUCAGAAGAAAGUGACUCUCAGACUGAUGAAAGGCAUAAUGAAUAUAAUUCAUCUUUCAUACCUCCACCAACAAAACCUGAAGAACCAAUUUGUCCACCAGUUGAGAGGGAAAAGGAAGGCAUAAAAUUGAAAUUAAGUUUGAACAAUGCUAAUUCACCAGUAAUUAUUAAUUCUACAGUUGAUCCCACAGUUGGGCAGCACAGUGCCAACAAACCACCAAGCAGAAUGAGGAGACCUCCCAAGAGGUAUGAAAAAGAUGCUCCACCACCACAGAAGUCAGAAAAAGAUACUCCUCCUCCUCCUCAGCGGUAUGAAAAAGAAACCUUUGCACCAUUCCGGUAUGAAAAAGAUAUUACUGAUACAUCUUUUCUGCCAAAAACACCAUCCAUUAAAAUGACUAUUUGUGAUAAAGCUGAUAGCCCAUUUGUGAAAACAACUAUAUAUGAAAAUAAUCAAGAUACCACCUUAAAAGCUCUUUUAAACAAUAAUUUAGAAAACACUACUAAAACUCCAGAAUACAAGCCAGAAAAUACAAUAAAGACUACAAUCUAUGAUAAUAAGUUAGAAGAUGAUAAUGCUAUGAACAGGGUGCCUAAAUUAACUGUCAGGGUUCCAAAAGAACUUCUGGACAAGGACUCUUCUAGCGAUGAAUCAUCAGAUAGUGAUUAUGGGGAUAAGUUAACAGUUGAUGAACAUAAAAAAGACAUAGAGCCACCGCUUGUACCUAAUGACAGUUUAGAGGCAGAGCCAACAAUGUCAGAAAAACCUGUGCCACCACUGGAGAAUGUCAAAGAAGAGCUUGACUCAGAAAUAGAGGAACCAAUACAAGUAACAGAUGAUAUCCCUACCGAUGUAAUAGCUGAGCCCAAGACUGAGACUACUGAUGAUUUAAAUGGUGAUGUAAAAAUUGAAGAUCCCGCUGCAGAUGACCUACCAUUGAUUCAACUGAAUUUAGACAGGCCUUUGGAUAAGUACCCUCUUAAAGAUCUACUGAAAGUUUUUUUGGCUUCCACAAUAUUCAACUGUGUUUAUUGCAAUCAUGUGCGGAAGAUUGCAGUGAACUGUGAGCAUUUAUGCUUGCACAUGGUGGAGCAGCACCGCUUCUGUGCCACAGUUGACAGCAUCACGGCCGAAGAGCUGCUGCCGGAGACCAUCACUGCCAAGGUGCGCGCAGGCGCUGCAGAGCUCAGUACUGUGUACAUCAACCUAGACUCAUAUGACAGUGCUGACAAUUGUGAAGGAGUUCAGUUUGACCAUAUAUUUGAAUGUUUUCAGUGUUUUUUUAAGACUCCUAUCCAUAAUCUCUAUUUACAUAAUCGGAAAAUGCAUCAGAGAACUAUUUUGUUGUGUGUUAUGUGUAAAUCUAAUUUUUAUAGUUAUAGUGAGUUAUUAUGUCAUUUAUGCCCUGGAACAUAUGAUUCUGAGUAUGAAAUUAAGUUUAGAUGCUGCUUGUGCAAUGUAGAUUCAAUACCAUCGUCAUUUAGGUUAAUGGUGCACCUUAGGAAGAUUCACCAUGCAUGUAAUGUAUGUUUAGAAUUCUGCCACAGUCAAUCGCGUCUUUCAAACCAUGUUUGGAAACACAAACUGCACCAUUUAUGCUAUCGCUGCGGUAUAGCCUACAGAAAUAAACCAGAUAUAACCAAACAUUUAUUUUGGAAACAUGGAACAGAAAGUGUCAUGUGCAAGAAAUGUAUGCAAAAGAAGUGGCCUCAUGUAUACCACUUUUGUACGCCUCCAACGGUAUUUGCAUGUGAUGAAUGUAACUUACAAUUUACAAGAGCUGUGUAUCUGAAAGUUCACAAGAGAUUCCAUUCUGAAGAGUUUCCACAUGUCUGCACAGAAGAAGGUUGCACAGAGAAAUUUGUUUCCAAGAAGCUUCUAAAGAAACAUGCAGAUGACCACAUAAAGAAAUUAUUUACUGAAGAUCUGAAUGCAGAAAAACCUACAGCAGCUGAACAAAAUCCCGCCGAUAGUAAAGAUCCAAUUCCUGUCAUAGAUUUAGUUAAUGAUAAGCCUGAAGAAGCUGGAACUUCUGAUAUAAAAUCUGAGCAGGGCUCUGAAUUGUUAUCUAAAAAAUCUAAGAAGAAGAAGUUAAAAGACAAGGAUGCAUUGCUCUUGGACGUGAACCUACCAGCAUUAAAUCUCUCAGAAAGUGACAGCAGUGACGAAUCAGACAGUGGUGUUCCACCAGCUACGGCACCAGUUGUGAUGAAAGAUGAGAAGCCUCCUGAUGAAGAAAAACCUGAUGUUAAAGAUACCACUAUUGUUACGACGGACACAACUGACUCGGCCGCAAAUGUGGCUCCAGACAAAAUAGAAGAAGAUUCUGAACCUGCUGAGGUAAAACCUGAGCAUGAGAAAGUUUUGGAAAUCUAUCAUAACUUACAAAAAUAUCAGGCAAAAGCAGAGAAGGAAAAAACACCACCAUUAGUCCCCAUCAGAAAACACGUUUGUGAAUCUGACCAUGAUUACUGCUUAGUACCUAACGAUUUAAAUGGUGACGAGGAUAUGUUUAGUUUAGACAAAAAGAAAAAUAAAAAGUCUCCUAAAAAGAGACACGGAGAUCUAUCGUCAUCGAGCAGUAGCAGUAGCGACAGUGACUCGAGCUGCUCUUGCGGCUCGAACUGCAGCUGCUCAUCCAGCAGUGGCUCCUCGUCGUCUAGCUCUUCCGAUUCCGACUCAUCAGAUGAGUCUGGAAACGAGAAGAAAAAGAAUAAACAACUACGUAAAACGCUACCUAAUAGACGAUUAAGCAAUGGAUCCAACGUAGAUGUAAUGGGUAUGUCGGAGACGCCAAUACUAGUUCCAGAAAAGCCAGAACCCCCUAUCAAUGAAACCGAUCUAGAGACAGACGAGAGUGAAACAGAUGAAGAAUUUUAUGACGAGCACCCGCAGAAACUAGCCAAUAAAUUACAUGCGGAGAAACGCAACCAGUUAUUACUUCUCGCGUCUGUCGCCCCGUCGGACGGAGGGUCUGUGUCGGGCGAGCCGAGCCGUGCUGCCACGCCAAUCAAGGAAGAAAUUGAGCCCAAGAUAGAAAGUGAAAUAAAAGAAAAACCACCAAGCAGUAAAAAGAAAAGUAAGAAGAAAAAGAAAUCCAAGAGCUCUAAGAGACAUGCUCCUAUUAAAGUGAACAUUCCUAAGGACGUUAUUGCAAAAUCCGAGAUGGAAACACCGGUAACGCCAUUAAUACCGAAUAAAAUGACGAUUUCUUUGAAAUCAAACACGGUCCAUAUUCCGGAAGCUCCCAUACCAUCCCCUUCCGUGACACUGACUAGCGUGAAACCGACUACCCCGACCGCUUCCAUCUCCGACAGUAGCAAGCGCGCUUCCAAGCGAAGAAGAGUGCCCAACAAAUUUUACGGCUACUGCGAAGACGAGGGAAGUCAGCAUGCGACAACAUCGGCAUUAAAACCACAUCUGCCUCCAAAACUCGAAUGGAGAAAAGAGGAUUUGCCUUCGCCCGUCACGCAUAAAGCUAAAAAAGAAGUGCCUUCGACGACUCUCUCCCAUAGAAUGUACAAUUAUCCAGAGCCCACGCAUACUCACAUCAGAUUGACCGCUCCGAUCCCCGAUCCGGAGCCGCCGCGAAUCUUAAUGAACUCGGAAUCUAUGGAUUCGAGUGACUCUGACUCCAGUGAAGAAGGAGCGUUGGAGAUAUUCCAGCCGCUGGCGGGCUACGGGGCUCCGCCGCCGCCGGCGCCGGCGCCCACGUACCUGAACUCGGGCACGUCGAGCCUGCCGUACCCGUUCCAGCGGCCGCCCGUGCGGCAGGCGCGCGAGGGCGAGAGCGUAUACUGCUACUGCCGCUGCCCCUACGACGAGGUCUCGGAGAUGAUCGCGUGCGACGCCGAGGGCUGCGCCAUCGAAUGGUUCCACUUUGAGUGCGUCGGCAUCAUGGUCCCGCCCAAGGGCAAGUGGUACUGCCCCGAGUGUAGGAAAAAUCAAAGUUUCUCAGGUUACAGAUAAGUAAAUUUAGGAUGUAAAUAUGUAACUUUACCGUAUUGUUAUUCUGUAUAUAACUUAUUAAUGAUGUAGAUACUUUAGCUUUACCCGUAUUGUAUAUCUUUGUAGGUAGUCUGUGUAAGUUUAGGUUACUAGGUCUGAAGAAAUGUAUCAUUGUUACAAAAAGUACAUGUUAUGCUUGAUACCGGCUGUGCGGCAAAAUCUGUAACCUGGCAAAUUGUUAAUGACAUUAACCAAUACAGCAAAAUGGAAAUAUAAAUCCGAUUUUUGAUACCAA